CUCCCACACAUUUAAAACCACACCUUCCCUCCCCUGAAAAACAGUUGCAGAGAGCACGAGAGAGAAACUCAAUACUUCUCUACAGAGAGAGAGAGAGAGAGAGACGUAUAGAUUUUGUAAGCCCAUGUCGCCGCCGAAGCCAACCACCGACACAACCUUUCCAUCAGUGACGACGUGCGAUGUUUCCACCGUGGCGAACAGUUCCGUAGCGGCGGACCUCGACGGAACCUUACUGAUCUCUCGCUCUUCCUUUCCUUAUUUCAUGCUUGUGGCCAUUGAAGCCGGUAGCCUCCUACGCGGCCUCUUACUUCUCCUCGCCUUCCCUAUUAUCGCCGUCGCGUACAUCUUUGUCUCCGAGGCUCUGGCGAUUGAAAUUCUGAUUUUCAUAUCGUUUGCUGGACUGAAAGUCCGAGACAUCGAGUUAGCCGCACGCGCUGUGCUUCCAAGAUUCUAUGCCUCCGAUGUGAGGCAAGAGAGUUACGAAGUGUUUGAAAAGUGUAAGAGAAAAGUGGUGGUUACUGCGAAUCCAACAAUAAUGGUUGAUUCGUUUGUGAGGGACUUUUUGGGUGGUGAUAAGGUGUUGGGGACGGAGAUCGAGGUGAAUCCUAAGACGAAGAAGGCGACAGGGUUUGUGAAGAAGCCAGGGGUUUUGGUGGGGAAGUGGAAAAGAUUGGCGGUGUUGAGGGAGUUUGGGGACGAAAAGCCUGAUAUUGGGUUGGGGGAUCGGGAAUCUGAUCAUGAUUUCAUGUCCAUUUGCAAGGAGGGCUACAUGGUGCUCCCUAGCAAAUCAGCUGUUCCAGUGCCACUUGAUCGUCUGAAAACUAGACUAAUCUUCCACGAUGGCCGCUUGGUCCAACGCCCGACCCCACUGAAUGCACUCGUCACCUACAUCUGGCUGCCAUUUGGAUUUGUCCUCUCUUUGAUUCGUGUUUACUUCAAUCUACCUCUCCCAGAACGCAUUGUACGCUACACAUAUGGCAUGCUCGGGAUCAACCUUGUGAUCCGUGGUAACCCACCUCCUCCUCCAUCAACCGGGUGUGCUGGUAACCUCUAUGUAUGCAAUCACCGUGCAGGGCUUGAUCCCAUCGUGAUCGCCAUUGCACUUGGACGCAAAGUUUCGUGUGUGACAUACAGUGUAAGCAAGCUCUCGAGGCUCCUAUCACCAAUCCCAGCCGUUGCUUUGACCCGUGAUCGCGAGGCUGAUGCUGCAAUGAUCAAAUCAAUCCUCGAAAAGGGUGAUCUAGUGGUGUGCCCGGAAGGGACCACAUGUCGUGAGCCCUUCUUGCUACGAUUCAGUGCUUUGUUUGCAGAAUUGAGCGAUAGGAUCGUGCCAGUGGCAGUGAAUCUUAAGCAAAGUAUGUUCCAUGGCACGACGGUGCGUGGUGUCAAAUUUUGGGACCCUUAUUUCUAUUUCAUGAAUCCAAGGCCAACCUAUGAAGUCACAUUCCUGGAAAGAUUGCCUGAGGAGAUGACAUGCAAGGCUGGUGGGAAAUCACCCAUAGAGGUGGCUAAUCAUGUGCAGAAGGUUUUGGCUGGUGUUCUAGGCUUUGAGUGCACUCAAUUGACCAGGAAGGAUAAGUACAUGUUACUUGGUGGGAAUGAUGGUAAGGUUGAAUCAAUGUACACCAAGAAGUAAAACUGGCCCUUGGUUGAGUCAUUCUGGUAUCUGCCAGUGGUGUUUUGAUUUCCAUCAAAGGGGUGUUUUAGUAAAUUUGGAUGGUGAAAAACAAUUUUUUUUUUUGUUGGGGGGGGGGGGGGGG